AUGCCUCUCACCGGACACUGCCUCUGCAAGGCCGUCACCUACAAGGUAGACGUGGACGCCCCGCUCCUCACCGGCUAUGACCACUGCGAUGACUGCCAACGCCAGAGUGGCUCAACAUACUCCCUCGUUGCUGUUGUUCCCAAGGACAAGCUCACCAUCAACGGCCCCACCAAGAGCUGGGCUGGAAAGGGCUCCUCGGGCAAAGCCGUCCACCGCAUCUUCUGCUCCGAGUGUGGCUCCCCAAUCGCUCACGACCCCGAUGCGGCUCCUGAGAUCAUUGCUCUCAAGGCGGGCACUCUCGAUACCGAGAUCAAGAAGAACCUGAAGCCUGACACCGAGAUCUGGACCGUCGGAAAGCUGCCGUUCUGCCAGGAGAAGCUGGCCAAGCCUUUCGAGCACAUGCCUCAGUAA